ACACUUCGGUGAAGUCUCUGUGCGGAAGAGGCGGAAGAUACCGUUAAAGCCGGGCCAUUUCCGGUUCCGCCGACAGUUUGCCGCCAUUUCAAACCUCCUUUGUUCGCCGUGGAGUCUCCAGUCAUUGCGCUCUAGAUCCCUCUUCGCGUGAAGCAAAAGCGAUGACAGAGACCUGUUUGAGGAACUUUGCGCUCGUGAAAUUUCCUGACGAUGACGACAGUGUGGCCGUAGUGCAUACCAGGUGGCUAAAAGACGGGACCUGCCUUUGGCCGAAUGAAAAAAAUCCGAGACGACUGCAGCAUCUGACUUCAACUGGGGCACAGCCACAGCCUUCAUGGAUGACCUGCCGCUUCAUCACACUUGGUUUAUUUGGUACUUAUGAGGAAGCAAGGGCAAAGCUCGCCACGGCAGAACAGACUUCCGACCUGUGCAGUGACGAGGAUUUGGGCCGUGGAAAGCGAAAAUGCGCAAGGCAUCACGGAAUGAUGACUUCGAUGUAGAGAGUUGGAGCCAAGCAACGUCACGGUGCAGCACUCCGGAUGACACACCUGUCAGCGUCCUGCCAAGGCCGCCAACGCCUCCCACAUAUACCACACUGACUAGCCGCCAGAUUGUGGGCCACGGUCAGCGAAGAGGGCAUGAUCAAGCAGUAAACAGCAAUAGUAGUGCACAUGGUACACAUCAGCAAAGGUACCCAGAAGUGACGACAAGGGAAAUUCAGGGAAGACAGGAAAGGUAUGCUCCAACAUAUUUUGGAUCAAGCACACGUGACUCUUUACAUUGCACGGCGCCAGCGACCCAGGAAAGUUAUGCUUCACACCAUGAACUUCAGCCUCAUACCCUGUGGCAUGACUGUGAUGAGCAGGCCCGUACCUACAGUCCUAACCAGAAUCAAGGAGGGCAAGCUGCAUCCGCCUAUGGAGCGUUAGACGUGGCUCACCAGCGUCCUUCGAUGAGCUACUAUUCUCCAGCCGUGAGUGCUACAGCUUCCAGCACUCCUGAGCCAGGUCUGUCACCGUCCUGUGCCAAUAGAAGGCAACAUGAAAACUUCUCUUUGAGAGGUUAUAACAGACCCAAUGAGGCGGUUACGCCAGUGCCGUGCAACAGGAAUGUCAAUAAUGAUGGGCAACAUAGCAGCGGUUUUGAAAGGGAGGUGCUUAAACUACUUCAUACGCUUAAGAUCUCGCAGCAGUCCCACAGCGAACUACUGAAUGCCAUACUUGAAGCCACAAGUUCAAAGGAUACAGUAGAAAAUCAAAUGUUAAUAGAAGAGCCAUUCAAGUCGUUGGCGGAGUUCCUGGCGUUCGAAGAGGAACUUGGAGGUAGCAGUGAGAAGAGAGAUCAACUGAUGACGUACAUGAAAUCUAUUGGAGGAACUACCAGCCGAGAAAGGACACUCCGGAUUAUGGCUCGUCUGCUGGACCCUUCUGUUGGAAAGGAGUAUAGCCUUUACGGCGCUAAAGGAAAACGACGAUUUUGUGACUUGAGGAUCUGGAAGAUUAUGUGCUGCUGCCUAGCAGAAAAUUGUAGUUCUUCAUCAGGCAACAUGAAGGAUGUAGAGAACGCUACAAUGUCCUGGCUGCGUCAUGCUCCGCAGGCGAAUGCGAGGCACCAACGCAAAGAUGUGAAUCAAGCCACUCAAGGGAAUCAAAGUUGUGACCAGUGAAGCAUCUCCUCCUCUGUUCGUAAGCCAAGUGAACUGAGCUGUUCUGCAAUUCAGUGUAUCUGUUUGUCUUUCUGGUUUGUGUUUUGAGCACCACUUGUAAUCGCGCAUUCGCUUCGUGACUUUGCUCUGACAAGCGCAGAACUGAUGACCUAACACGAAAUCAUAUGUGGACUUCUCGAGGUCUAGCAGUGCGUUUGCACAGGAUAACUUCAUGAAGUGUACAUAUAGGAACGAAGAAAAAUGUUUUAAUGAUGAUCAGUUUAUAAAUUUGGCACAAUUUUGCAGCAUGCGGACAAAAAUAAAUGAAGCUAUAGCCCAGGUUCCCACAUUUUGGCAGCUUCUGUAUCGGUGAGACAAGAGGACAAAAGUUUACGGAACAGGCUCCGGCGCAUUCGUUCCUCACUUAGA